GAUUGCUUGAGUUGUUGUUGUUUUUUUGGCAGCCUGUUCACAGCUAAUCCAGUAACCAUGAGUCUUACUGCAAAGGACAAAUUGGCGGUCAAGACCUUCUUUGACAAAGUUGCCCCUAAGGCCGAGCAGAUCGGCAACGAGACUCUGUCCAGGACUCUGUUCGUUUACCCUCAAACGAAGACGUACUUCUCCCACUGGGCAGACCUGAGCCCUGGCUCUCCUCAGGUGAAGAAACAUGGACUGACGGUAGUGAAUGGUGUCCUGACCGCUGUGGGGCUGAUGGAUGAUCUCAAGGGUGGUCUGCUCACCCUCAGCGAGCUCCAUGCCUUCAUGCUUCGCGUGGACCCCGCUAACUUCAAGAUCAUCAAUCACAAUCUCCUCGUGGCGCUCGCGCUGAUGUUCCCUGAGGACUUCACUCCUGAGGUGCACGUUUCUGUGGAUAAGUUCCUCGCUCUGGUCAGCCUGGCUCUGUCCGAGAAGUACCGCUAAAGUCGACACGGCUUUCAUCUCCGACGCGACACUGUAUUCGCCUUAAUGAGAAUGAAAAAAUAAUAAAAUGAAAUAUAUGAAAUCAA